GGAGACACAGCAGAGAACAGAACAGAACAGAAACAACCUGGGAAGACAGCGACAAAAGGCCAGGGCCAGGGCCAGGGCCAGGGUCAAGGGAAGGGGCGACCGACUGCAAGGUUACCACGCGCUCUCCGGUGUUCACACUCCUCUCUCCCCUCUCCUCUCCUCUCUCCUCACUCCUCACUCCUCCUCACCUUACGAGUACAGGCCCCAGGCCCCCUCAUCCCAAAAUCCCGAGCACCACCAGCAGGAGAAGUUGAGUAGCAGUCCAGCAGUGUGUGCAAUGCUGGCCAAGCCAAGCCACGCCAGCGGUCUGCAUUGCAAAGCGAGAAGCCAGCGUCGAGAUCUCUCCAGGCCCCUGGUCGGCAACAGAAAUACAAACACUCACGCAGCACCCCCAAUCGACGCAGCUGCUUCUUUCUUACUUACAUUACUGCUUUUCCUACUUGCAUUUCUACUCGUCCCUCACUUGUCUGCACUACGCACUUCUGCUUCUGCUCUCGACAUCUUCAACUCUUGCUGCGUUUCUGGUCGAGCUCCGCCCCGAACAGACCUCCUCGUGGAGCAGUCAUAUAAAACCCCCACUGCCUGCACCUGAAAUACGGGGACCUCUUCCCGGCAGGAUAAGAGCGUCGACCCUGCUCAUCGCCCUGGCUCCCGCACAAGCAGCCACACACAACGCAGCACCGCACAACAGCACCGCACCGCACAGCACAGCACAGCAGAGCAGCGCAGGAGGAGAUCUAGUCAGUCAGCCGCCCGCCAAACCCAACGAGCUUUCCCGCCGCCGUACCUCUCUCCCUUCAUUCUUUACAUCCUAUCCUGCCCUGCUUUCCGACGAGGCAUUGCACUAAUUAUCGCUGGGCUGUCCAUCAUCAUAAUCACGCCUACCACCAUCACUCGUUCAGCAAACCACAACCACCAUACCAUAUAAUAAUACACGACCAACCUGCAGGGAAUCAACAAAAAACGGCCACGCCACGCAUAAACUUCAAUCUUUUGUCUGCUAUACGAACGUACUUCUCGAGCCGCGUACCCGACUGUUCUCUCGAUUCUUGGACCCCUCACACUCGCUCGUCUCGGCCGAUCUGCCAUAUUCCUUAACCCGAUUUCAAUUAAUAAGUUGAGUCGUCUUUGUUCUGGACAACCUCGUCGGAGACCAAUUGAGGUCAGUAGGCCACUCACAGACAGCGGAGUCUCGAUCGCAUUCUUGGCUGGUGGAUUCGACCGUAACUCUUCAACUCUGGUUCCGAACGAUGCCAAAUAUGGAGUUCUUCGAGCCGACGCCCUACCACCACCAGCACCCUCACUACCAUCACGAGCAGAUGCCUCAUUACAGUGAUCCCCAUCAGACGUACGCCAUGGCACAAUCUGCACCGAUGAUUGCAAUGCCAAACGUUGCAAAGGCAAACGAGACCAAACCACGCCUCGGAAAGGAUGAAGUGGACAUCUUGGAGCGGGAGUUCAAGAAAAACCCCAAGCCAACAACCCAAACGAAGCGUCAAUUUGCCGAAGAGAUGGGUGUUGAUUUGGCACGAAUAAAUAACUGGUUCCAAAAUCGACGUGCGAAGAGGAAGCAGGAGAAGAAGCAGGAGGCUUAUGAGGCUGGACAAGCUCAGGAAGCAUUGGGCUACUCGGAACCCUCAUCGCCAGAUUUCUUCAACAACGGCAGUGGAUAUUACAGCGACAACAGCCAAAUCAUUCCCAUUCAGCAACCAUCAGCACAGUUCUCUUUGGUCCAUGGGCCUCCACCUCCUGUUGCCCCAUGCAACCCUCAAUACUCUGACCCGUCGAUAGCCAGCAUGGAAUCGCUUCACCGAACAAUGGCUGCUGCUCAGGCUGCUCAGGGACACCACGACUUUCAUAGUUUGGUUGAUCAGCAUGAUACUGUGGCUUCUUUCGGCGGGUCCAUUCAUGACUUCUCGAGCACUGACCGUGCUCAAUUCCCAUCUCCGGACGAUUCACUGGACCACUUCAAUAACACUCAAGCUUACUCGUACCCUUCGAGUUUCUCAAGCAGUCUGUAUAUUAAUCCAUCUCGGUCACAAUCAAUUGUUGAGGUUCAAUCACCAGAAGACCCAUCAAAUCACACUCCAACGCCUUUCAACAAUUUCCAAAACUCCAGGCACGAAGCUUCCAUUCCUCAAUUGAUGACGACCUUUCCUUCGCAGUUACUUCCCUCCCAGUCAAAUGACGGUGCAUCCCAGCAAAACGACGAGCAUUUUACCCAGAGUCCAGAAUCCAUCCAUGAGUCAACCCUUCCAAUCGGCUUCAAGUACGAAAUUGCAGAGUCCGAUAUGUCAUCAGUUUCACCACCAGGACCUUCAAUUGCGUUCAAGUCUCCGCCCCCUCCAAUGGACAUUGCUUCUCGCCGAAAGAAGGUCCAAGUUAAGCCUGCAGCAUUGGUUGCCGACACCUUGAGAGGACGUCCUUCCAUGGGCCCUAGAACAGUUUCUCAUGCGGAGGGAUUCCGCCGAGGAAAUGAAAGUCCUGCUUCGUCGCCCAUGCGUCGCAUUGUUUCUGCCGGCGGCAACAGAAAUGUUCUGAGUGGCCGCAUCUAUAAAUCUGGCAUCGAAUCCUCUCAGCGUUCUCCUAUCAACCUUGGCGGCUUUGCUGAUGCAGGGUCCUUCCUCGAGUACAAUCAACAGAACAUUCGCAACCCGUCGCUAACAGCUGGAUCUUCGUUGAACUCGAGCCUGGCUCCUCCAACUCCCAUGUCCCCUCGAGAACGGGAGAUGACUUUCCCCAAAUUCGACAGUUCUCGAUCAACUGCAUCCCCAAUUGAAGGGGGUGUUAAUUUUGUCUUUAAUGCUGGUGUCCCUGGAUGUUUCACCACAAUGGACGGAGACCAAAACCUGGCAUCACCCCCUGAGACACCACAGGCACAUCUGGCUGCUGCUUCGAACAACUGGGCUAAUGGUCUUGACUUAUCCGACAAGACAUGGCAAUAUGAUGUUCCAGAUGAACCCCUUUACACCCCUGCUCAAGACUCAUUUCCAAUGGAGAUACACAUGCCACAGCCAUCGUAUCUCGGUUCCAUGAGCCAGCCAGUUACUCCUGCCUUCGGGCAAUUCAACCCCAAUUUCAUGUUUGGGCACGAGUCGCCUCGGUACAAAAACGAGCCAGCUCAGUAUACUCUAUCCACCCAGUCGGGGUCAGAAUACUCCUUCCCAGAGUCCAACCAGCACUAUCUGGGUGUAUCACCAACGACAACUAAGCAGAAAACGUUUCAAUUUUCGCACACCACAGCCGCAGACUUCUCUGAGAAGUGAGGCGUGCUCUUGCCAUUCGGCGUUUUCAUUUAUUUUUGCUCUUGUAGAGCUAUAGUUUCAGCAGGUUCUUUACUGCUGUUUGUACAACAAUACCUUGUGUAGCAUGUCAAGCGUUUGGCUUUAUUUUCUUUGUGAUAUGGGCGUCUCUCAAAUAAUGUAAUCAUGGUGACGCAGUCUCAACUGUCAAUGUUCACGAACUAUGUGGGGUGGGGUGGGGGGGGGGGGGGGGGGGGGGGGGGGGGGGGGGGGGGGGGAGAAUAGGAAGAAGAAGCAAGGAGAUAUAUACCCAAAAGCAAUAAAGAACGGGCUGGUGGAUGGCUUGUGGGGGUCUUGAUACUUUCUCGAGACAGGCGUAAUGGCAGCAACCGGAUGUGUCGAUCAAUGAAUACGCGUUGAUGGGUUUUGGGUAACUUUCACAUUUCAAUGCUGGGGGAAGGAACAUUGGGUGUCUGUAUAGCCUCAACAAUAGAAGGUCCUAAAAUACUCAUCAUCCCUCUGCUAAGUUACUGAGUCAAUAGUGUAUUUCUGUCCUUAAUCGAGUUCCUCGAAGGCAUUUGACAGAGGUAUCACUUGACAAAACAUAUCCCCUUAGGAAUCUCGCUUCAAGUUGCUCUGACACGCUCUACUUCCACACAGUCGGAGAUUAUCUCUCACUAUUACAAGAUAAACACGCAAGGCAAGACAAUAGUUCCACGAGCCGUUCCUCUCUUCUUUCAUCUUCUUCCUGGUUAGAAUUUCGGAGCCACGGCACAUUAAAUUAAAUCUCCUACAGUUCUAAGGAUGGAGAAUACCUCAGAUCACUUAAGAUCAGAAGUACAUUGCCUGAAAAGAAUACGACCCGAUGGCGACACUAUUGGAACGUGCCCCUUUCCCUUAAGGCGAAGGAAGCUCCAGCGCCAGUACCGGCGGUGCGUGCUGGGAGAUCGGGAGAUCCACGCCUCGCUAAAUUAAAUGAGCCAUCUUUCCGCGUUCCCCAUAUUGCGCUGUGCUCCAUACGCGUGGUGCGACUUGGGAGAGUAUGAUUGAUUAUAUAUCUGCUGUGGCUUUGCAAUUUUAUGUAAUGAUUUCGAAGUUUUAGUCAGUGCAUGAAAAUUUUUGAGCUAGAUACGGCGAGAAUGUUGGGCUGGUGGCUUGUAUUUUGGCCAGGGCUGAAGAUCCGAGAUUUGGACGUAAACAAUUAGGCGAGAUCCCCGCAGGAUGAUCAUUUGCUUGCUUUUGCCCUUCAAAGUUCAUUUUAAUCUCCA